GAGAGAGAGAGAGAGAGAGAGCAAAGCAGAGCGCCACCGUGAGCUCAACACGGCCAGCCAAGGUUACUCAUCAGUCUGCUGCACUCAGCUGCUUCUCCUCCACCGAUCCUGUAUGGUAAAAAAAAAAAUGGAGACCUUAAAUCACAAACUAAAUGCCUACUUUGAAACAUGGAUGGGUCCCAGAGAUAAGCGGGUGCAGGGAAUGCUCCUGCUCGACAAUUACCUGCCAACCUUUGCACUCACAGUCAUGUACCUUCUGAUCGUGUGGCUGGGGCCCAAGUACAUGAAGCACAGGCAGCCAUAUUCCUGCCGAGGCCUCAUGGUGCUCUACAAUCUGGGAGUCACCUGUUUGUCCUUCUACAUGUGCUAUGAGCUUGCUACGACUGCAUGGUACGGUGGAUACAACUUCUACUGCCAGAACACCGACAGCGCGCCAGAAGCGGAUAAAAAGAUCAUAAGUGUCCUUUGGUGGUACUACUUCUCCAAGCUGAUCGAGUUCAUUGACACCUUUUUCUUCAUACUGCGGAAAAACAAUCACCAAAUCACGUUUCUCCAUGUCUACCACCACGCCAGCAUGCUGAACAUCUGGUGGUUCGUCAUGAACUGGAUACCCUGCGGUCACUCAUAUUUCGGGGCCUCCUUGAACAGCUUUGUCCACGUUGUGAUGUAUUCCUACUACGGCCUCGCAGCCAUUCCCGCCCUCCGACCCUACCUCUGGUGGAAGAGGUACAUCACCCAGCUGCAGCUGAUCCAGUUCUGUUUGACCGUGACGCAGACGGCGUUGGCGGUGGUCUGGCCGUGCGGCUUCCCCAUGAGAUGGCUGUACUUCCAAAUAAGCUACAUGUUCUCGUUCAUUGUCCUUUUCUCAAAUUUCUACGUCCAGACAUACAAGAAGCGCAUCGAUUCUCAAAAGAAGGAGCGCCAGAACGGUUCCUCUGCGUCGGUAAACGGACACGCCAACGGAACGGCGUCGAUGGAGCGCACAGCACCCAGAAAGCUCAGGGUGGAUUGAUAUUUGAGAAACUACCGCCAGUUUCCCACUGUAGCCCGUUAGGUUAUGCUGCUAGAGUUAUAUGUAUAUUUUUAUCUAGAAUAGACCAGACCAGCAUUCACUUCAGAUAAAAUAAGCCACAGACAGCACAUGCAGAGACUUUUCCUUUAUUUCCCUCACAUAAGUACAAAAUAGGUCUGAACUACUGAAUCGUUAUAGCUCUAAGUGACGAGUACUGUAGUAUUCUUGAAUCUUUACACUUGCGCCUCCCUCGCCUUUUGGUCGGUGAAUUGCUAAGAAAAAACUCAGUGCAGACAAACAUACAGUCAGAAAAA